CCCUUUGCGGUGUUUUCCGGGAUCACGCCACCACUACCACUUGGGAUCCUGGCGAUAUGGCUGAUAAUGGACUGGGACCGUGUUAUUGUCAGCGCCAAAUAGACAAACCCAUAGUGUAGCCAUCUUAAAGUCACUGGUCGAAUAGAGCCGUAGAACAUAUUCUUACAUAGUCUAAAUAAUAAUUAGUGAUUAAAUAGGCCUAUAGGUAUUCCAUAGCCACCUCCUUCACUUGCCACCACGUAGGCUACCGCGGUAGCUGCACAAACUUGUCGCAGUGGAUAGCGUACAAUCGUUGGGAUUGCCCUAUCUACAGGACUGAGUCUCGCCCAUUCGGAUCUUUUCAGGCCGUGGGCCCCUGGCUGUGUGAGAUGGACAGGAUGAAGAUCAUCAAGCGGAGGCUGUCCAUGUCUCUCCGUAGCACCCGGCCCGUAGACGACUCGCUGUCUGAACUGGCCGAGCAGAUGACUCUGGACGAGCCCUCUGCAGCCAGAGAAAACGAGCCCAUGGUGGUGCGUCCUGUUAGUAUACAUCCCCCAGCCUCUCACAGCGCUCCGUCCUUCCUGCGUCAGUACGCUGGCCACCUUGGCCGCACCGCUGCCCUGCGCAGAGACAACCCAGGCCUGGACCGCGACAGGCCCUACCUCACCCUGCACAGGACCGGAUCCCUUGGUAUCGUCCAUGAGAACGUGAAGAUGGGCUCAGACGGGGAGAGUGAUCAGGCGUCCGGGACGUCUUCUGAUGAAGUCCAGAGUCCAGUCAGGGUCCGCAUGAGGAACAACCACCACAGACGCAUCUCCAAUGAGGACAUAAACAAGCGCCUGUCUCUGCCGGCUGACAUCAGGCUACCGGAAGGCUACCUGGAGAAGUUUGCCAUGAACAGUCCGCCCUUCGACAAGCCCAUGAGCCGCAGGCUACGAAGAGCCUCAUUGUCUGAAAUCGGCUUUGGCAAGUUGGAGACGUACAUCAAACUAGACAAACUAGGGGAGGGAACCUAUGCUACAGUGUUUAAGGGGCGCAGCAAGCUGACUGACAACCUGGUGGCUCUGAAAGAGAUCCGAUUGGAGCAUGAGGAGGGGGCUCCCUGCACUGCCAUCAGAGAAGUGUCUCUGCUGAAGGACCUGAAGCAUGCUAACAUUGUUACCCUACAUGACAUCAUCCACACUGACAAGUGCCUCACGCUGGUGUUCGAAUACCUGGAGAAAGACCUGAAGCAGUACAUGGAUGACUGUGGCAGUAUCAUGAGUGUACACAAUGUUAAGAUCUUUCUGUUCCAGUUGUUGCGAGGGCUGGCGUACUGCCACAGGAGAAAAGUCCUCCACAGAGAUCUCAAACCUCAGAACCUGCUCAUCAACGACAAAGGAGAACUCAAACUGGCUGACUUUGGUCUGGCCCGGGCCAAGUCUGUUCCCACUAAGACCUAUUCCAAUGAGGUGGUGACUCUCUGGUACCGCCCGCCUGAUGUCCUGCUGGGCUCCACAGAGUACUCUACACCCAUCGACAUGUGGGGAGUGGGUUGUAUCUUCUAUGAGAUGAUGACAGGCAGACCACUGUUCCCUGGCUCCACAGUGGAGGAUGAGCUGCACUUGAUAUUCCGUAUCCUAGGCACACCAACAGAGUUGACCUGGCCUGGGAUUACCACCAGCGAGGAGUUUAAGACCUACAAGUUCCCCCGUUACCACGCUGAGCCCCUGGUCAACCACGCACCCAGGAUAGACAGUGAUGGACAUGACCUUCUUUCACUGCUACUACAGUUUGAGCCGAUGAAGCGUGUAUCGGCUGAGGAGGCUCUGAGACAUCCAUACUUCAGGAGCCUGGGGGAGCAGGUUCAGACACUGUCUGACACCUCCUCCAUCUUCUCUGUGAAGAACAUUCAGCUUCAGAGAGACCCAGGGAAGAGGUCUUCAACCUUCCCAGAGUCAGCAGUGGCCCAUAAGCUAGGCUCCGCCCCCUCGCAGUACUUCCAGAGAGAAGGAGCCAAUCCCAGGGCUCAGAGUCACGGCCUCUCCUCCCCCUCCACAGGCUGAGUUGCCCCUCCCAUUCUGCCCAGGGGAAGAGUAGGAGGCAAAGUGUGUUGUUUUAGUGUCGGUGGGGUUGGGGGGGAGGGGGGGUUGUGAGGAGGACAGUGACGUACGGAACUGUCACACAAACACACACACACCAACCCCGCCACACACACCGAAGGAGUCCAACACACACCCUGCCACACACACUCACCCCGAAGAAUCCAACACACACGCUGCCACACACACACACACACAGAAGGAGAGAAAACACACAGUACUACCCAAAACAAAAACAACAACACAAGACUGAGGAACAAUAAAUGGAGAAAACAAAGGACUUAACAUAAUGAAGCCAGAGGAUGAGAAGACUUGAGGAAUUGAACAUGAAGAUGAAUAUGUAAGAAGAGGAAGAUGAGAAGAGCGAUCCUCCGUGCUGCUUCUUCUACUGCUCAGAGUACAGCAGUGAUUAGGGUCGCUUUGGACUAAGCUGAGUGGAUAUGGUUUGAACAGGAUUUGCUGUAUCAGUGAGCUCUAACGGGAGUGGGGGGGUAUAAGGGGGGUGGGGAAUGUGAGCCUCUGCGCCGCCAGGCUAGAGAAUGGGCAUGUUUAAAGUGAGGGGGGAGGGAUGAGGGGGGUGGGGAAUGUGAGCCUCUGCACCCCCAGGCUAGAGAACGGGCAUGUUUAAAGUGAGGGGGGAGGGAUGAGGGGGGUGGGGAAUGUGAGCCUCUGCACCCCCAGGCUAGAGAACGGGCAUGUUUAAAGUGAGGGAGGGAUCCUCUCUCCCUCUUUCUUUCUAUAGUCUAGACUGAGCUGUAGAACUCUGCUUUUUCAUAUCACACCCUAACCAUAAACCCUAACCUUGACCCCUAACCAACACCUCAACCACUAACCUUAUCCAACACCUCAACCCCUAACCUUAACCAACACCUCAACCCCUAACCCCAAACAACACCUCAACCCCUAACCUUAACCAACACCUCAACCCCUAACCCCAACCAACACCUCAACCCCUAACCCUAACCAACACCUCAACCCCUAACCCCAACCAACACCUCAACCCCUAACCCUAACCAACACCCCAACCCCUAACCCCUAACCCCAACCAACACCUCAACCCCUAACCCUAACCAACACCUCUAUCCCUAACCCUAAAGAACACCUCAACCCCUAACCCCAACCAACACCUCAACCCCUAACCUUAACCAACACCUCAGCCCCUAACCCUAACCAACACCUCAGCCCCUAACCCUAACCAACACCUCAGCCCCUAACCUUAACCAACACCUCAGCCCCUAACCUUAACCAACACCUCAACCCCUAACCCCAACCAACACCUCAGCCCCUAACCCUAACCAACACCUCAACCCCUAACCCCAACCAACACCUCAACCCCUAAUCUUAACCAACACCUCAACCCCUAACCUUAACCAACACCUCAACCCCUAACCUUAACCAACACCUCAACCCCUAACCUUAACCAACACCUCAACCCCUAACCCUAACCAACACCUCAACCCCUAACCUUAACCAACACCUCAACCCCUAACCUUAACCAACACCUCAACCCCUAACCUUAACCAACACCUCAACCCCUAACCUUAACCAACACCUCAACCCCUAACCCCAACCAACACCUCAGCCCCUAACCCUAACCAACACCUCAACCCCUAACCUUAACCAACACCUCAACCCCUAACCCCAACCAACACCUCAGCCCCUAACCCUAACCAACACCUCAGCCCCUAACCUUAACCAACACCUCAACCCCUAAGCCUAACCAACACCUCAGCCCCUAACCUUAACCAACACCUCAACCCCUAACCAACACCUCAGCCCCUAACCCUAACCCUAACCAACACCUCAACCCCUAACCUUAACCAACACCUCAACCCCUAACCUUAACCAACACCUCAACCCCUAACCCUAACCAACACCUCAACCCCUAACCUUAACCAACACCUCAACCCCUAACCCUAACCAACACCUCAACCCCUAACCUUAACCAACACCUCAACCCCUAACCCUAACCAACACCUCAACCCCUAACCCUAACCAACACCUCAACCCCUAACCUUAACCCCUAACCUUAACCAACACCUCAACCCCUAACCCUAACCAACACCUCAACCCCUAACCCCAACCAACACCUUAACCCCUAACUUUAACCAACACCUCAACCCCUAACCCCAACCAACACCUCAACCCCUAACCCUAACCAACACCUCAGCCCCUAACCCCAACCAACACCUCAACCCCUAACCCUAACCAACACCUCAACCCCUAACCCCAGCCAACAGCUGAAACAUCGACCCCUAGAUAACUACCCUACUGCCGUACGUGUCCAUUUCUCUACCCCACACACACAUGUAUGCACGCGCAUACAUACACACGAGGCAUAGAAUCGUGUCUAUAGGAUGCUAAUCCAUUGUUUCCAAAUCAUAUUUGGAAUGGAAUGGAUUACAUACUGAGCCUGGAGAAUCUCACUAUUUAAUCCAUUGUGUACCCCCCGCACACACAUCUGUACAUUACAGUGCUCAGACCUGGCAUCCCGAAGGUCGACUCUAGCACCUGAUCCCCCAUUCUAUUACCUCAUCAAUCAGUCACUCAGGCAGAAUACAGUACCAUUACGGUACCAAUACUUUACCAAUACGGUACCAAUACGGUACCAAGCAUACACUAACGACACUAAAGUUAUCUUCUUGUGUACAGUAGUGUACAGUAUCUACAGAAGUCAACAAGAAUGGGCACUUCACUAGGCCACUAUGCUGAAGUGCACACUAGGAAACACUAAGUUACACAAUACACAACAAUAGUACAAUGCAUUAUGAAGAGAUUAUUAUCAGUAUGAUGUGAUGUGAUACUGUUAUGACACGCUAUAGGGAUACACAACAGAGCAAUAUACAGGAGGGUUGUUGAUGCCCAGGUACACUUCACGCCAGAAGUUCACCUCACAAGACAGAGGGGGUUAAAACAGUGUGAAGAAACCCCUGAACCCCUGACAACCUUGAUUCUCAACUGCCUGGUUGUCAUGUUCCAUUUAGAGUUAAUUAACAUUGAGCUGUUCUUGUUGCACCUGAUCUGACCUCUUAGAUACGGAAUCUAAAACACAACAACGCUCCCCCCACUCAAACACCCUUAUACACACACACACACACACACACACUCUUAUACACACACACACAAUAUAGUUUUGUUUUGUUUCUAAUCUGUAUAUAUGACCAUACUUUUCACUCUUUAGUAAUAAGGUACAAGCAAUGAUUUCCCAGAAUGCAAUUCUCUGUGUCACCGGGCCGUGUUCCCGUGGGAAACCCUGGUGACUGACUGAGAACGUGUUGCACAUUCCUUAAGCUCAGGACUUAUGGGUAGUGUAGUUUUGUGGAUCUUGGUGUAAGGUAGUCUUGUUCCCCAGAAGCCAGGAACAUGAGGUUAGCUAGGUUAUAAGGUAAAGGAAGUGUAGCCUAAAUGUUCCCCAUGUAGAGUUUAACAUAGGGCACGCCUGUUUAGGAGGGCUUCUUGGAAAAUGGCCCACUACAUGCUCUGUGCUCAGACAAGAUGUAUGGAUGACUUUAUCAUCUACAUGAUGAAUCAGUCAACAGAUCAGAUCAUGGAUCUGUCUCCCUCCUCCAGUUAGUCUGGGGGUGGAUUAAAGUGCUGUUUAAAGAGAAACCUCAGAAUAAUAAUACCUAACCAUUCCCUUUACUUCACUCCCCCCUUUAGAAGCUAAAGCAUGUUUGUAUGGAUAUAUCAUGGGAAAUAUGGACGUCUCAUGUUUGUAUGGAUAUAUCAUGGGAAAUAUGGACGUCUCAUGUUUGUAUGGAUAUAUCAUGGGAAAUAUGGACGUCUCAUGUUUGUAUGGAUAUAUCAUGGGAAAUAUGGACGUCUCAUGUUUGUAGGGAUAUAUCAUGGGAUAUAUGGACGUCUCAUGUCCGUAUGGAUAUAUCAUGGGAUAUAUGGACGUCUCAUGUUUGUAUGGAUAUAUCAUGGGAUAUAUGGACGUCUCAUGUUUGUAUGGAUAUAUCAUGGGAUAUAUGGACGUCUCAUGUUUGUGAAAUGGCUGCAGUUUGAGCGGACAGGAAAGGGCGGAGUCACAUAGUGUUUACUGAUCAGUGAUUGGUAGAACAUAGGAAGUGACCUCAUUGACUACCCUCUUGCAACCUAUCGGCUACUUUUUAGUUAGUUUUAACCCCAGUUUUAGAGCAUUUACUCUCUGUUGUCUGCUGUGUUGUGAAGGCACCAGAUGAACUAAGACCACUGGACCAAAACACACUGAGGCUGGAAUUGAACUUAGAUUGAAUUCCCCCCAGAGGGUCCAAACAUGACUGUUUUGUAUACAAGUGGUCAGGUUGUGUACAGGUCAGUGAGUCUGUGAGUGGGAGAGUGUGAGCAGGAUGAAGUUGUCCCUAUACUCUGAUCUAGGGUCAGUACUAUGUUAUGUCUUUCCCCCCUAAUGGUUAAAGUCAGGAUUUGGAGAGCAUAAGCUGAUCCUAGAUCUGUACCUAAGGGCAACUUCUACUCAGAGUGUGAGAGUAUGUAGCAUGUACAUAGAUGAUCCAUCAGUCUGUAUAUAGGCAGUGUACAGGUUUGAUACGGCAGCAGACUCAGUCAGGUAACCUUAUUUUGAAAACCAGAGCAAUAUUUCUGUAUUGAUAAUCGGGCCAAGGCUGUAUGAUAAUAUAGUACGUGUAUCUAUCAGGACGGAAUUAGAGGACGCCUGAUAAAAAACACAGAUUAAUGAUGAAAUGGUAGAGUUCCGGAGAGAUUCAUCCCUUUUUCAGUGAUGUAAUAAAGUUAGGAGAGUAAAUGUUUUCUUUUUAGAUUUGAGAGGUUUGAUGGAGUAUAACGCCAUAGCCUCACUAUCACUAUAUUACUGUGCUUUGGUGACACCUAGUGGUCACACAACAUCCUCACAGUUUCCCCACACAGUUUAAGGGGAGUGGAGUGCGUGUGAUGUGACGCGAAUGUGUGAGUUUACGAAGAGGUUCGGUGUGUGUGCAUCACAGAACUCGCGCAAUGAUGGGUGAAAUAGUUGUGAACACUAAAUAAAAAUCCUUAGUUUGAUGGAGUGUUUUUCUCAUUAAAUACUUUAAAUAUUUUGUCUUCCUUUGAAGCCUUCAUGCAGUAAGUGUGUGUGGUUUAUUACAACCUCCCAGCCUGUCUUUGUGGAGGAUUACAGGACAGGAUCACACUCCUGUACCAAUACUACUGACAGCAUCACCGUGAAACACAAGGAUUUCCAACAUCACCCAUGGAGUCCAGUGGAGGCUGCUGAGGGGAGGACGGCUCAUAGUAAUGUCUGGAAUGGAAUCAAUGGAACGGCACCGGACACAUCAAAGACAUGGUUUCUAUGUGUUUGUUACCAUUCCAUUCACUCCAUUCCAGACAUAUUUAUGAGCUGUCCUCCCCUCAGCAGCCUCCACUGAUGGAGUCCUUGUUUGAUGUAAUUCUGCCUGCCAAUGUCACUGAACAGAAGGGCAUGGGGAGGUCACUAAGGGCCUGCUUCAGACUUGAGAUAAAUAGACUUAACAUGGACUUAAGUCAAUAUAUUGUUUUACUUAAGUGCAUGUUCAUUUAACUUACAUUAUCUCAUAGGGCAUUGUAAAUGAGCCAGGGAUACUUAUUUCAAAUACUAUUUUCAAAUACCCGGGUUAAAUGCAUGGGAGUAUAUUUGACUAUUUUCAAAUACUUUCCAAAUGUAUUUCCAAAUAAAAACUACUUGUCCUUUCAAAUAAACAGUAUCUUAAUAGUUACUUCAAAUGUAUGUGAGAGUAACUGAGAUAUCUGAAAUAGUAUUUGAAGCCAGGUCUGCAGAUAUCCACGGUGAUGCUGAACUGUACUAUGUAAGGCCUGUUGAACCAGUUACCCCAUUCGUGUUUGUUACCCCUUGACACUGAUCUAAGGUCAGUUUUGCAGUUUCCCCCGAUGGUUAACGUUAGGGGCUCAGGAAGCUACGCUUGCUGAUCCUAGAUCUGUACAUAAGGGGAUCUGCUAGUCAACGCAAUGUGUUACUCUUGACCUUACAGUGAAAAAUAAAACCUGUUCUCUGAAGGA